AUGGCAGCGAAAACAUCUCAGCCCUUUCUACCAUUGCAGCCAUUCAUCGGCGGCAAAUAUGUCGAACCGAGAAGCAAGGAGAAGUUUACUAUGAGGUCGACAGUGGAUGACACUGUGAUCACCGAUUCUCUUCACAAUGCAAAUGCCGAAGAUGUCGAAGUGGCUGUGCAGGCAGCAGAGAAAGCAUUCCCCUCAUGGAGCAAAUUUCCAGCGAUGUGGGUCGACCUCGCGUGCAUCGAGAAAGUUGCUGACCGUCUUCUAGACUACGCCGGGAUCAUCGACAAGCUCCAGGGUGAAUCGGUUGCAAGUGAUGACGAAGGCAUACUCAGAAUUAUCAGACAAGAACCACUUGGAGUCUGUGCCGCAAUCACGGCUUUCAAUGGGCCCCUGGGUCUCUUUGCAUUCAAGGCGGCCCCCGCCCUUGCCGCCGGUAAUGUUAUGGUAGUCAAGGCCAGCGAGACCAACCCCUUUAGCACACUUGUCGCUGCUAGAUUGACGACUCAAGCCGGUAUCCCGCCUGGGGUAAUCAACGUGCUCGUUGGUGGCCCAGAAGCGGGUGAUGCUCUGGCAAGACAUAUGCGCAUUCGUAAGAUUAGCUUCACUGGCAGUGGCAUUGUCGGGAAGAAGAUUCAGGCAGCUGCUGCACAGUCCAACCUCAAGAGAGUCACUCUGGAACUGGGAGGCAAAUCACCCCUCAUCGUCUUCGACGACGCUGAUCUCGCGCAAGCCAUACAAGGAGCGACGGUAGCCCUUGCUGGCAUGAACGGCCAGUUAUGCAUCAUGGGCUCUCGUAUCUACGUCCACGAGGCUGUUGCGGACAAGUUUGUGCAGGGUUUGAAGGUGGCUUACGAGCAAAUGGCGGCCACUCUUGGAUCCGACCCUUUAAACAAGGAUACGUCGACGAGCCCAAUCUUUCACCACCGUCAAUUUCAAACCGUGCUGAACUUCUUGGAGAAGGGCAAGGCCGAAGCGGAGCUCAUCUCUGGCGGCUCUCGUCACGGCGACAAAGGCGCAUACAUCAAGCCUACCAUCUUCUACAAUCCCAAGCGUGACGCUGAAAUUGUUCAGAAUGAGAUCUUCGGACCAGUGGUAGUAGUGCAGACCUUCAAAGACGAGGAGGACGUGAUCAACCAGGCAAACGAUACAGAGUAUGGCUUGGCGGCCUACUUGUUCACCAAGAACGUCGACAGGGCGAUCAGGGUUUCGAAUCAACUGGAGGCAGGUAAUGUCGGUGUCAAUACAGCAGCCGACCUUAUCUCCUGGAAGACGCCUUUCGGAGGGUAUAAGGGAAGCGGCAUUGGUCAAGAGAAUGGUCUCUACGUUAUGCGUCACUAUACCCAGCCAAAGACUGUCACAAUCAAGUACCAAGUGUGA